AUGAAACUGCACCUGAAGCAAUGGAGACAGCGAAUGCUCGUGGGGAUCUUCGCUUGGGGGCUCCUCUUUUCGGUGCUCUUCAUCUACUUCACCGACACCAACCCCGCUGAGCCUGUGCCCAGUUCCUUUUCCUUCCUGGAGACCCAGGGGCUCCUGCCUGUGCAGGGCAAGCAGCGCGCCAUCAUGGGCGCCCUGCACGAGCCCUCUUCUCCCGGGAGCGCGGACGCCCGCAGGGCGCUGCCAGAGGGGCAGGCUGCCAGUCCUUUCCACUCGGGGCCCGGCGACCCGCAUCCAUGGGUGCAGGCGCCAGACAGAGUCGAAGACAAAGAGGAGUUUUUUUCAUCUCAGCUGAGGAGGAAAUCCCAAAGUGCUUUCUACGCAGAGGAUGAAGACUACUGGUUCACUGCAGCCCAGCCAGGGUGGCCAAGCCACCCCCAGGGGGCCUCCCUGGGGGAGCCGGGUCAAGGUCAGCGGCCCCGGAGGCGGCAGCGGCGGGAGAAGAGGCAGCACCUGCGGCAGCGCCGGAGCCACGCGCCCUUGGAGGAGGCCGAGGACGACGGGGACCGGCUGGCGGCCUCCAUGUCCAGGACCUUCCUGUACCGCCUCUGGAAGGGAAACGUGUCCUCCAAGAUGCUGAAUCCGCGUCUGCAGAAGGCCAUGAGGGACUACCUGGCUGCCGACAAGCACGGCGUGCGCUUCCGGGGCCCGCGGGCCAUGCGCCGCAGCCCGGCCCAGCUGCUGUGCGAGCUGCGCAGACGGGUGCAGGUGCGCACGCUGGACGGCACCGAGGCGCCCUUCGCGGCGCUGGGCUGGCGGCGCCUGGUGCCCGCCGUGCCCCUCAGCCAGCUGCACCCGCACGGACUGCGCACCUGUGCCGUGGUCAUGUCCGCCGGCGCCAUCCUCAACUCCUCGCUGGGGGAGGAAAUAGAUUCUCACGACGCAGUGUUGAGGUUUAACUCUGCUCCCACACGUGGGUAUGAGAAAGAUGUUGGAAAUAAAACCACCAUGCGCAUCAUAAAUUCCCAGAUCCUGACCAACCCCAACCAUCACUUCAUGGACAGUUCAUUGUAUAAAGAUGUUAUUCUGGUGGCCUGGGACCCUGCUCCUUACUCUGCAGAUCUUAACCUGUGGUACAAGAAGCCAGAUUACAACCUGUUCACUCCAUACAUUCAACAUCGUCAGAAAAACCCUAGUCAACCAUUCUACAUUCUUCAUCCUAAGUUUAUAUGGCAGCUUUGGGACAUCAUCCAGGAGAACACAAAAGAGAAGAUUCAGCCCAACCCACCUUCUUCCGGCUUCAUUGGAAUCCUGAUCAUGAUGUCCAUGUGCCGAGAGGUUCACGUGUACGAGUACCUCCCGUCCAUCCGGCAGACGGAGCUGUGUCACUACCACGAGCUCUACUACGACGCGGCCUGCACGCUGGGCGCCUACCACCCCCUGCUCUACGAGAAGCUGCUGGUGCAGCGGCUGAACACGGGCACCCGACGAGACCUGCAUCACAAGGGUAAGGUGGUCCUGCCCGGCUUGCAGACUGUGCGGUGCCCCGCACCCAACCGCGCUGACCGUUCCUCUUAA